UCCUUUUCUUUUCUUCUCUCCCUUUUCUUUUCUUCUCUCCCCUUUCACUUUGCAGGUUGCCUAUUUAUAGGCAUUGAUAAAUGGCACCCGUGAUUCAUCUUCACUAUUCACUAUUCACCCGUGAAUAAACUCAUGCACCAAAGUCUACAAACAAAUAGUAAGUGGGCUCCACUACUUUAUACUUUACAACAUUCUUAACUUAAAUUAAAAUAAAGCUUUCGACCAAAAAUAAAUAAUAUGCAAAUUACAAGUGAAUUUUAAGAACGAAAAUGAUAACAAUAAGAAUCAACCUUCUAUAAAGCUUGGAACAUAACAUCAACUCCUCAAACCACCAUGGAAGGAGGAGUUUUCUCUGCUCACAAGCCUACUUAUCUUCUUCUUCUCCUUCAUAUUUUCCUGCUUGCUUUGCUUCCAUUCAAGGCCAUUUCAUCACCAAAAACACAGGCAGAAGCUUUGGUAAGUUGGAAGAACACCUUUGCUCCUGCACCACCUUCUCUCAGUUCAUGGUCCCUCACUAACCCCAACAAUCUUUGCAACUGGACUGCCAUUGUUUGUGACCAGAGCAGCGAACAAGUUUCCCAAAUUGACCUCUCCAACUUCGACAUCUCUGCAACUCUAACCUAUUUCAACUUCACCCCAUUUCUCAAGCUCACCCAAUUCAACCUUAGUGGCAACUAUUUCACAGGGCCAAUUCCAUCUGAGCUUGGUUUUUGUACCAACCUCACCUACUUGGACCUGUCUUCCAAUUCCCUUGAAGGGCCAAUUCCAUCCCCCAUAGGCCAACUCAGAAAGCUUCAGUACCUUGAUCUUAGUUACAAUUCCUUAAAUUCUUCAAUCCCUUCUGAGCUUGGUUUUUGUACCAACCUCACCCACUUGGCCCUGGCUUCCAAUUUCCUUCAAGGGAAAAUUCCACCUUCUAUAGGCCAACUCAGGGAACUUCAGUACCUUUAUCUUCACAUGAAUUCCUUGGAUUCUUCAAUCCCAUCUGAGCUUGGUCUUUGUACCAGCCUCACCUACUUGGACCUGACUUCCAAUCACCUUGAAGGGAAGAUUCCGCCUUCUAUAGGCCAACUCAGAUAUAUCCAGCACCUUGAUCUUAGUAACAAUUCCUUAAACUCUUCAAUCCCUUCUGAGCUUGGUCUUUGUGCCAACCUCACCUACUUGGCCCUGGCUUCCAAUCACCUUGAAGGGAAAAUUCCAUCCUCUAUAGGCCAACUCAGAGAGCUCAAGCACCUUGAUCUUAGUUACAAUUCCUUAAAUUCUUCAAUCCCUUCUGAGCUUGGUCUUUGUACCAACCUCACCUACUUGGCCCUGGCUUCCAAUCACCUUGAAGGGAAAAUUCCACCUUCUAUAGGCCAACUCAGGGAACUUCAGUACCUUGAUCUUCACAUGAUUUCCUUGGAUUCUUCAAUCCCAUCUGAACUUGGUCUUUGUACCAGCCUCACCUACUUGGACCUGACUUCCAAUCACCUUGAAGGGAAGAUUCCGCCUUCUAUAGGCCAACUCAGAUAUAUCCAGCACCUUGAUCUUAGUAACAAUUCCUUAAACUCUUCAAUCCCUUCUGAGCUUGGUUUUUGUUUCGGCCUCACCUACUUGGAUCUUUCGAGAAACCAGCUCUCUGGGUCAAUUCCUCUAACACUAGGCAACCUUGCACAUAUUCAGAGCUUAGAUCUUUCAAACAACAAUCUCAAUGGCUCAUUCCCGACAGAGAUUGCCUUCCCACUCCUGGGGAAUUUUUAUUUGUCUCAUAAUAAUUUCACAUACAAUACUUUUGUUGGAAAAUCUGACUUGUGUAGAGAUGCUAGGGGCCUAUCUAGAGGGUGCAAUUCCAAAAAAAAUAACAAGAAAGUUAUAAUUGGUGUCCUUGUACCUGUUUGUGGUUUAUCAGUGGUUGCAACUACAAUUGCUCUGAUUCUUAUGUUCCAUAAGAAAACCAGGCGUGUUCUUAAGAAAAUCCACAGUGCUCAAAACUUUGAGAAUUUUGAGUCAAUGAUAUUGCAAGAAGAAGUAAAAUUUACGUUUGGGGAAGUUGUAAAGGCCAUAGACGAUUUUCAUGAGAAGUACUGCAUUGGAAGAGGAGGAUUUGGAAGAGUAUACAAGGCAGAGUUGCUAUCAGGUCAAGUUGUGGCAGUUAAGAGGCUUAACAUGUCAGACUCUAACGACAUUCCAGCAAUCAAUCUCCAAAGUUUCGAGAAUGAAAUAAGAACUUUAACAAAUCUCCGACAUAGGAACAUCAUUCAGCUAUAUGGGUUCUGUUCAAGGAGGGGAUGCAUCUUCUUGCUCUAUGAAUAUUUAGAGAGAGGCAGCCUGGGAAAGGCAUUGUAUGGGGUUGAAGGGGUAACUGAACUUGGAUGGGCUACAAGGGUCAAAGUUGUGAAAGGAUUAGCUCAUGCACUUUCUUACUUGCACCAUGACUGCUCUCCACCAAUUGUGCACCGUGAUGUAACUGUCAACAAUGUAUUGCUGGAGUCAGAUUUCGAAGCCCGACUUUCCGAUUUUGGAACAGCAAGACUGAUUAGUGCCAAUUCAUCCAACUGGACCCAUAUUGUUGGCUCAUUUGGCUACAUGGCGCCAGAGCUUGCAUUGACAAUGCGAGUCACGGAUAAGUGUGAUGUGUAUAGCUUUGGAGUGGUGGCGCUGGAAGUUAUGAUGGGAAGGCACCCGGGGGAUCUGCUAGAAUCCCAGCUAUCAAAAUCAUCACAAUCAAUGAAGGAGGACAAUGCAGAGUUGUUUUUGAAGGAUUUGUUAGACCAAAGGCUGGAGGCUCCAAGCAAUGAAUUAGCAAGGGCAGUGGUGCUUGUGAUGAGUUUAGCCUUGGCUUGUAUAUGUACACGUCCCGGGUCUCGACCUACAAUGCUUUAUGUAGCACAAAAACUAUCAGCUCGUAGUCUGCCUUCCCUUCCUGAACCAUUUGGCAUGCUAACCAUCAACAAGCUGAUGGGGAUAUAAAAAAUAAAACUAGUUGGAAAGUUUUCUGUGUGUAAGAGAAAUUCUUAUACUAUGUAUGUUAACAUUAACAUCUGCACCAUCCAUUCUAAAAAAAUAAAAAUCUGCACCAUCCUAAUUACUCAUAUCUAAUCUUUUGAUUAUAUGUGUGACUCAUUUACUAGCAAUCCUUCUUUUUUCUUUUUUUUUUUCUUUUUUUGGUGGUCAAUUUAUUACUAGUAUGUAUAUGGGUGAGUUAUAUUAUACUUUAAUAUUUUUUAAUAUUUUUAAUUAUUAAUAAUUUCUAUGAAAACAAAUUUUAUUAAUUUAAAAUAUGAGUAGAUUUUUUUUCCUCAUUUUCUUAACCAGACUUUUAAUAGUUAUCUAAAUAUCUUGCUCAAUUUUCUUCAAAAAAAUAUCUUUGGUUAAUUUGGUAAUUUGGGAUAUGAGAUUUGGACUUAGGCCCAAUAAACAACGGGUGUUCCAAUAGCCCACUAGCCCAGAGAAGAUGCUCGCCAA